GAAAUGCCCGAGAAUGUUUCCCUCAUCAGAAACCGGACAGAAGUGGGGCAAGGUCGGUCUUGGGGACCAGGGGCGAGUGCGCGUCCAGCAUGGGUUGUCACGGUGCUGGCCAGCGUGCUGAUCUUCACGAGCGUGGUGGACGUGCUCGGUAAUAUGCUGGUCAUCAUCGCGGUCCUCAGAAACAGAAAACUAAGAAAUGCUGGUAAUGUGUUCGUGGUAAGCCUGGCAUUUGCUGACCUCUUGGUGGUGUGCUACCCGUACCCACUGGUGCUCCACGCCAUGCUCCACGCCGGCUGGUUGCCGGGGGAAACGGAAUGUAUGGUGAGCGGUUUCCUGAUGGGUGCCAGCGUCAUCGGCUCCAUCUUCAACAUCACGGCCAUCGCCAUCAACCGGUACUGCUUCAUCUGCCAGGCCAACACCUACGAACGGGUGUACGGGCGCUCGGGAACGCUGGCGCUGCUGGCGCUCGUGUGGGCACUGACGGCCAUUGCCAUACUGCCAAACUUGGCACUGGGCUCCCUGAGCUACGACCCUCGCGUCUACUCGUGCACCUUCAGUCAGACCACCAGCGCUGGCUACACCAUUGCCGUGGUAACUGUGCAUUUCCUGCUUCCCAUCGCCGUGGUGACCUUCUGCUACCUGCGCAUCUGGGUGUUGGUGUUACGCGUCAGGAGGCGGGUUCAGAGCGACGUUAGGCCGCGUCUUCGGCCCAGCGACCUGCGGCACUUUCUAACGAUGUUUGUCGUCUUCGUUCUGUUCGCGGUCUGCUGGGCACCGCUGAAUCUGAUUGGCUUGGCGGUGGCCGUGGACCCGCCCCGCGUGGCGCCGUUGGUGCCCGAGUGGCUGUUUGUGGUGAGUUAUUUCAUGGCGUACUUUAACUCUUGUCUGAACGCGGUUGUUUACGGGCUGCUUAAUCAGAAUUUUCGACGGGAGUACCGCCGCAUAUUGAUGUCACUUUGCAAGCCACGCCUCUUCCUUCAGGACACCUCACGGGCUGGCACAGAUCGCAGCAAGCCGUCGCCUGGCAACAACAACAACGAGCAAGCGAAGCCGGAGUCACUGUAA